AUGGGGACAUUUAACGGGGAAUUGGGAGAAUCGAACUCCCGACCUCUCGCACCCGAAGCGAGAAUCAUACCACUAGACCAAAUACCCGCUGCACUGGUUGUAGCCCAGGUCCUCUUCGUGUUGCCUGCGUUUAUCCGUGAAAUCUGCAUGCCAACCUUCUCUUUACUUAGGGGAAUGUGGUAUGGCUCAUCAAACUUGAAGAGCUUGUUUAUGCUCGGUCGCUCGCUGGGUGCCGUUAUCCAGUUUGGUGUUGGGCGCCAAACCCCGCGAGCUUUGCAACGUCGGAGCCUGUCACCUAGUCACGCAGACAGACAUUCAGGCUUGCGAGCUACCUCGCAUCAUCGCAGAGCGCACCCACGUCGCAAUUGGGAAACCGCCGCAGUCGCUGUGAUGUUCGCCAUGGCGGUAGCAUCACCCAAUUCGCUUCUGUAUUCGCAGCCUAGCCACUCCGUCCCGUGUCAUUCAUUGUCCCAUCAGUUACGGCAUCAGCCUAUUGGACAAGCAGUUCAGAUAGGAAAGCUAAGGAAAGAAAGAUUGUGUAUCAAUGCAAGUGCAGAGACUCAGACUUCUUCUGAAACACCAGAUGAGACUGCCUUGUCAACUACUACAUCACGUCGACAGCUGGUAGCGUUUCCAAUAGCAAGCACGUGUUCUUAUUUGGCUGCAAUGGUAGCAGACAGAGAGACAGCCAUAGCAUCGGACUUUGCAUCCAUGCCAGCUUUACAAGGGAAAGAUUAUGGCAAGUCGAAAAUGAGUUACCCUGACUACGUACAGACAGGAACUGGUCUGCAGUUCAAGGACUUGAGAGAAGGAACUGGACCAGUUCCUGCUGCUGGAAACGCAGUGGUGGUGGACUGGGAUGGUUACACUAUUGGCUACCUCGGUCGCAUUUUUGAGGCUCGAAACAAAGCAAAAGGUGGUUCCUUUGAGGGUGACGAUAAAAGUUUCUUUCGAUUCAAACUAGGAAAUUCAGAGGUCAUUCCUGCUUUUGAAGAGGCUGUUGCAACAAUGAAAGUUGGUGGUAUACGCAGGAUAAUUGUACCUCCUGAACUAGGCUAUCCUAACAACGAUUUCAACCAGAAAGGUCCUCGCCCAAACACAUUCUCGGGACAGCGAGCACUGGACUUCGUAUUGCGUAAUCAGGGCUUGAUCGACAAAACCCUCUUAUUUGAUAUUGAGCUUAUUAAAGUUGUCAAUAAUUGAGUCUGGAGCAACCUGGGGAGCUUGUCCACAAUCACCCACCAUUGUAGGAAAAUUAGUGCUCUGUAAUGCAGGCUCUGCAAAAGCGAUGCGGGGCUCCAAGACCACUCAACGUAGAACUAUGAUAUGAUGAACACCUACGGCGUGAAAUAUGCCUGACAAUUGAAGCUAUCUGGAUCAAGGAAGCAGCACAGCAUGAGGAAACUUCAUUCAUGUUGUACCAUAAAUUUAUUUUUCUGCUUUCUUCAUUCACAUAUUUGUGAAUUAA